UUUUUUUUCGACGUAGUUAACUUUUAUUUCCUAUCCUUCUCAGUUUGUCUUCUCACGAAGUCCACCUCCAUUUUUCCCUGUUAUUUACUUUCUCUGCGCUGCUCUGUUCUGUUAUGCUCUGCGAGAGCUCACUGAAGAAAGGGCAAAAAGUAGUGCUUUUAGACGCACAGAAACCCGCAAAGAAAUCAUGGGCGGCGAUGUGACAUCUUCUUCCGGAGAAGACUCGUCGUUGGACCAGGAUUUCUCCCAACUGUCUUCUCCCCUUCUCAGGGAUGGUUUGAACAUGAAGGUUGAUAAUUGUACAGUGGACGAAAGAGGCGAAUUGCUCUAUCAACAGUUUGACAAAGCAAGUCAUCAAAAUUCCUCAGUUUCUUUGGAGUUUGAAACUAAUCAGAGGAGGAGAGACCGUGUUUAUCGAGAAAUCUUGCGGAGUUUUGAUGAAUUGAGGAUUCGCAGUCGGAGAUUGGAAGAGGCAAAUAGCAAAAUCUUGAGCUACACUCCGGGAGCUUGGAUUGAAAAGGUUGGUGGCAUGAAAUUGAGUGACUAUGAUGUGCCAAAAACGACAUCUCUUCUAUUGAUUGGUCCAAAAGGAUCCGGGAAAAGUAGUCUUGUAAAUAGAAUUUCAAGGGUGUUUGAGAAUGACAAGUUUGCAUCUGAAAGAGCCCAAGUAACAUAUAAUUCAUCUCUUGGAGAUGGAACCUUCUUCCUUCAAGAGUACAUGAUCCCAAGAGGCUCAACGUCUUUUUGUCUCUAUGACACUCGUAGUCUAUCCGAGGAUUCAGAUGAUAAUAUUAAGAUGCUAAAGCAUUGGAUGACUAGGGGUGUUCGUCACGGGGAGCUUGUUGAAAGGGAUUCAGAUGGUGUGAGUUUAAGGACCAGAAUGAAGUGCAAAGCUCUCAAGAAUGGCUGUGUGUCCAGUGAGAUCAGAAAGGUUCAUUUUGUUAUAUUCGUCGUUAAUGGGGUUACCGUUUUGAAAUCAAUGGACAAUGAUAAAGAUGCAGAUGGACAAUACACCAAACUGAUUGCUUCCGCAUUCAACUGCCCGUACGUCUCAUUCCGAGAUGACAAGCCCAUUAUUGUUGUUACUCAUGGUGAUCAACUUUCAUGCUCUGAUCGUGCUCGUAUUCGCAUUCAUCUGGGAGAGCAACUGGGUAUCCCACCAACAAAACAGAUAUUUGAUAUCCCAGAAAUCCUUGACCCUGAAACUGAGCUGACGAUAGUUGAUAUGUUACGCUAUUCGCUUGAGCAUGCUGACAAAAAUCUCCCUCCAAAGCGAUUGUUUAUGAAUAAGAUGAACAAGGUUCUUUCUCCUCCUGUAUCAUCAAUUUUACUCGUGGUAAUGGUACUUGGAAUUGGUAUCAUUUUGGCAAGUGUACUUCGUGUGCAUAUUCACCAUGGUCCUGGGCCUCGAGCAAAAUUUCGCGGAGUUUGGGCAAACGCAAAACCGGACAUUGAAUGGCAUAAGAUUCGUCACUUGUGGCUAGGCUAAGGUUGUCAACUUUUACGUCUCACAAGUAGAGUGUCUUUCAAUCUUACACUCAACUGAAUGAAUCUGGUUUGUGUGCAUGCGCGCGCGCUUGUGCAUUGGUUCUGUUCUGUAUAUGCUUGUGCAGUUGACUGUUUCAUAGUUCAUACAAGUAUUUGUAAUUUAGCAUACCGAGCAAGUCCGCUUCUAUGACCAAAAAAUAACUUCCUCCAACUGAAAAUGACACUGAAUAGUUGCUUUCUUUAGUCACCCCCCCGCGGUUUUUUUUUUUCAAAGAACUUAGAAUCCUGCAC